AGAGAGUUUAAUUUGUAAGAUCAGAUGGGUUCCAAGGCAGUUCUUCUCAUCGGCCUUUCUUUGGCCGUUUUUCUCAUUAUCGCUUCCGAGGUUUCUGCUAGGGAGCUCGCUGGCAAGACUGCAGCUUCAUUGACCACGAGUGAAGCUGAGGAGCACAAGCAUGUAGAUGAAUAUGGUGGGCCGGGAGGCUAUGGGCGUGGCGGGUAUGGAGGCGGCGGACGCGGUGGGUAUGACGACUGGGGACGCGGCGGUUAUGGCGGCGGCUAUGGCGGUGGCCGUGGAGGAGGAUAUUGCAGAUACGGUUGUUGCGGCAGGGUCGGAUAUCAUGGAGGUUGCCAAAGGUGCUGUGCUCAUAAGGGGGAGGCCAUCGAUGCGGCGGCGGCGGCAAAGCCGUGAUUAGUUCUGACUUUCAUCAUAUCGAAUAAAUAAGAGACAAUUCCGUAAAUAGGAGUAAAAACUUUUUGAAAUUCCAAAAUAGGAGUAUCAUAUUUUUUUGUUCCUUGAAUAAGAGUCGCCAAGUUUGGCAUUACAAGGCUUUAAACAUGACAUUUUUUCAAACUUGGCAUUACUCAUAUUCAGAUAAUAAAAAAC